CUAUUGGUCGGUCCAGGUGUCAAUCAUCUAGUAAAGUGGGCGGGUUUAAAGGAAAAUGGCGACUUUAUCUGUCGGAGAGCCUCAAGAGAUGGAAGUUGACAGGAGGGGUGAGUCUGAGGAAUCUGGUGAUGAUGAGACCAAGAGGAAGAGUCUCAAUGGAGAGGUCGACUCCUUGCAAGCCCCUUCGACUGUACCUGAGGAGUCACCUGUUGACAUGGAUACCAUAACCUUAGACCCAGAUGAAGAGGAUGUGGAUCUCGUCCAUUGUCGCAUUGGGAAGAUUGAGGGUCUGGAGGUUCUUCGGAAGGCUAAGACAAUUUCUCUUAGACAAAAUCUCAUCAAACGCAUUGAGAACUUGGACAGCCUCGUCUCACUGAGGGAACUUGAUCUUUAUGACAACCAGAUCCGCAAACUAGAGAAUCUUCAGGCCCUUACAGAGCUUGAGCAGCUAGACGUAUCGUUCAACUUACUGAGGAAGAUCGAAGGAUUGGAAUCUCUCACAAAAAUCAAGAAGCUCUUCCUGCUUCAUAACAAGAUUACAAGCAUUGCCAACCUCGAUCAGCUGACGAUCCUCCAGAUGCUUGAGCUGGGCUCUAACCGCAUCAGGGUGAUUGAGAAUCUGGAUUCUCUUGCUACUUUGGAGAGUUUGUUCCUCGGCACAAAUAAAAUCACUCAGCUACAGAACCUUGAUGGAUUGCACAGUCUAACGGUUCUCAGCAUCCAGAGUAACCGCAUCACGAAGUUGGAAGGACUCCAAAAUCUUGGGAAUCUGCGAGAGCUUUACUUGAGUCAUAAUGGCAUUGAAGUCAUUGAGGGCCUAGAAAACAACAAAAAGCUGACAACCUUGGAUAUCGCUGCAAACAGGAUAAAAAAGAUUGAAAAUAUCAGCCAUUUGACUGAAUUAAAAGAAUUUUGGAUGAAUGACAACCAAAUCGAUAACUGGGCAGACUUGGACGAGCUCAAGAACGCCAAAGGUCUAGAGACUGUCUAUCUGGAGAGAAACCCUCUGCAGAAGGACCCUCAGUACAGACGCAAGAUCAUGUUGGCUCUUCCCAGUGUCAGGCAGAUAGAUGCCACCUUCAUCCGUUUCUGAUCAUCCACCUCAUUGUGCCCUCCCUCACCCAAACCAUCCACGGCAUAUUAUAAAUGCACCACUACCAUACUACCCUCAUGGACACCGUCUGCCCUAUUUAUCUCUCUUUUAUUUACUUUUUAACAAAAAAAAAGAAGAAUCAUCUCACACUCCCAAUGUUGCCAUUCAUGUGCUGGCACCUUUUACUCGCACAGAGACUAUAUACCUAUGCUCUGACUUAUGCUAUAGCGUGAAUGCUUGUUAAUUUAUUUUUAGUUUAGGACCCGAUCGGUCUGAACUCAAAGGAGCCGAUGCCUGUUGCUCUGAAAAUAUAUCACUGCUAAAUCCUUUAGCAUUUUGGUUAGGAAAUCAUUUCAUCGUAGUUAUCCCUUCUCUCUCUCUCGUCAGUGUAAAAUCCGAAAUGUCUACCCCGUACGAUUUACAACGUGAGGUAAAAAGGUCAAAAUUCACGUCGCGUUCAGGUACCGAAGAAGGUUAUGAGGAAAUUCUUAUUCUUUGAUGCGAUCAGGGACUAUUUCUCUUACGGAUUCUAUUUGCAUAUCAGUUGUGUUUCUGGUUGUAGAGUAAGGCUGGUUGAAAUGACGUGACACACAUUCUUCGCUCUUCAUUAAUGCUGAAUAUAUUACAAGAGAUUAAUUCCGUUUUAAAACUAAUGUUAUGCCACACGAUUCUUAAGUGAUUUUAGGGACUCAACAGAGCAAGGUGAUUAGUAUUUUUUUUUUUAUUACUUUUUUGGUGAAAAUAUAAAUACCACGUGCACUCAGAAUAUUCACACAGAGACACCUCAUGUUGUUGUAUGAUCUGCGGAGUUGGAGGUGAAUAGAAAAGGACGCGGUGUGACGACUGUGUUUGGCCACUCCCAUUGGCUAGGAGGGAGGGGGGGGGUCUGAUUCUCUAUGGAAUGAACCCAGUCCCUUUACAAGGGUUAAAGAACAACUGCAUAGGAUUGCUUUUAAUUUGCUCGAAUUUUCACUUUGUUUUUACAAGCUUGGUUGACUGUUUUGGAAUUGAAUGUACUAUAAAUAAACCGAAUUUGAACAAUGCA